AGCAAUUUGAUAGUUUGCCAGUUCCUUUCAGUUUUCUGUGCAAGUUGGAAUAUUUUACAUGGCAUUGUUGCAUAUUUGACUGUGACAUCUGCAUAAAAUAACAAACCAGACAGAGAAAACAAAAGGGAACCAUACAAACAAUGCUGCAGAUGAUUCCUUUAAAGUUUUGGCCUUUUCAUAGACCUGUUGGAUUGCCUUAAUAUAAUCAUUCUUUGUUAACCUUUCUGUCAACCUUUUUUGCAGAAAGCUCCAAUAGACGUGGCAGCAUCGCACGACGCUACCAGACUAGAGCAUAAAAACUCAAUUUUUUUACAUUUCACCUUACAACAAUGGCUAUCUCUAUUGUCUACUUGCUGAACAUUGCUUUCCUCGUUUUCGCAGCCUCUAAGGUCACUGCUCAAAUAGCACCUUCUCCAGACACCGACUACUCGUGCUCUGCUGACACUCCUGCAUCGUGUGAUACCUAUGUCACGUAUCGUGCCAGGCCGCCUUAUAUGGACCUGGGAAGUAUAUCUGACGUUAUGGGAGUUAGCCGGUUAAGUAUAGUGAAAGCGAGCGGGGUAGCCUCAGAGGGGGCUCGUUUGUUCCCCGACCAGAUCUUGCUGGUGCCCAUCAAAUGUUUCUGCAAUGGAUCACGCUAUUUCUCGAAUGUCACCUAUCAGAUCAAGAAAGGCGACAACUUGUACACGGUUUCUACUGGUGCCUUCGAGAACCUCACGGACUAUCAUCUCGUGGAGGAUUUGAACCCGAUGCUGAACAUAAACAACUUGACAAUUGGCCUGGAAGUGAUCUUCCCUUUGGUCUGUAAGUGUGUUGAUCACUUGGUUUCAGACAAGGGAAUUAGGUAUCUUGUUACUUAUGUAUGGCAGCCAUUCGAUGAUGCCUCGAGUGUCAGCCAUAUGUUUGGAGCAUCUGCAACUGAGGUUGUUAGAGAAAACAAUAACCGAAAUUUCACAGCUGCCAUCUGUCUUCCAGUGCUGAUUCCAGUGAAAUUCCCCAUGAUUCUGCAGCCUCCUCCCCCUUCCAAAAGCUCCAGACACAAGUGGAUUAUUCUUGUUGCCGGUUUGAGUUUUGCAGGCUCUCUCACCAUUGUUUUAUCACUCUCGAUGAUGGCUUACGUGAAAAAGAGAGCGUUUUUGCGCCAGUCUUCUUGCCCCGAAGCCUCUGAUCUUAUUCAGACAAAGAAAGGCUCCAUAAUAGAUGAGACCUUUGAACCCAAGGCCAUUAGUCAAGAUAAGCUCCUUCCUGGAGUUUCAGGCUAUCUUGGGAAGCCAAUAGUGUAUGAUCUAAACGUCAUCAUGGAGGCUACGAUGAAUCUCAGUGAGCGAUUCAGGAUUGGGAAAUCAGUCUACCGGGCGAUUAUCAAGGACCAGGCUGUUGCUGUCAAGAAAACCAAUGAUGCUGCAGAGGAACUGAGAAUUCUGCAGAAGGUAAACCAUGCAAACCUGGUAAAGCUGAUGGGUGUCUCAUCAGACAAGGAGAAGAACUUCUAUCUGGUUUAUGAAUACGUUGAAAACGGAUCACUAGACAAAUGGCUCUUCACCAAACCUUCAUCUUCAACCUCUGCAGCAGCAACCCUGACAUGGAACCAGAGAUUACAGAUAGCCCUGGAUGUCGCCAACGCCCUGCAAUACCUGCACGAGCACACCCAACCGAGCAUCGCCCACGGGGACAUCAGAGCCAGCAACAUCCUCCUGGACUCAAGAUUCAGAGCCAAAAUUGCCAAUUUCUCCACAGCCAAGCACGCAGCCAGUGAAUUAGCGGUGAAAUCAGACGUUUUCGCCUUCGGGGUCGUGCUCCUGGAGCUGCUGUCAGGGAAGAAGGGCAUGCAAGAUGGCGGAGAGGUCUUGGAGGAUGAAGAGAAGAGAGGAGAGAGGCUAAGGAGGUGGAUGGACCCUGGCAUUAUGAAAGGGUUUUACUCCAUUGAUGAUGCUUUGAGCUUGGCCGCCUUGGCAAAAGCAUGCACUUCGGACAAGGCGUCUGAAAGACCAAGAAUGACAGACAUCGUCUUCAACCUCAGCUUCCUCACUCAAUCUACGUUUGGAAUGUUCCAAAGUUGUUUCACUUCUGGUGACGCCGAGGAGCCUGUUCAGAUCUUAAGCCCUGUAACAGCUCGGUAAUCUCAUCAACCCAAUGUAGGCAAAUUAUACUCGAAGAAAACGUUCAUUUUUAGUAUACUGAACAUUCAAGUUUAGUAUACUGAACAUUCAAGUUUAGUAUACUGAAUGUUCAUUUGAAAAUGAAUCCUCAGUAUAUUAAAAAUGAACUUUUAAUAUACUUAAAAUUGAACUAAUAUAUUAGUGAUCUAUGGAUGUGAAUCAUGGUCCAUGAAUAAUGAUUAUUACAAUGUAUUAGGAAGUGUAAAGUAGCCAUGUCUGUAUAUGAGUUGUUAUACCAUGGAUCAGUAUCCACUUUGCAAGGUGUACCAUGGUCAUAAUUGAUGUAUAAAUUAUGUAUUUUUAGUAUUAGAAUUGUGAACUUUUAGAAUAUAAAUUGU